AUGUCGCUUUUCCACCCGGACGCAUCAGCAUUCACCGACCUCAUGUCCAGUACCAAAACUGUCAUCAUUACAGGAGGUUCCUCGGGCAUUGGCCUGGCAACAGCAACUCUUCUCUCCCAGCUAAAUCCAAAGCACAACCUGGUCCUCAUUGAUCUGAAAGGCCCGCCUUCCACAUUCAAACACGACUGCUCCCGCCUCCUAGUUCAUACCUGCAACAUCACAUCAUGGAAAUAUCAGCGAGCGGGUUUUGAAGCUGCGUAUGCAAAAUUUGGUCGCAUCGAUGCUGUCUUUGUGAAUGCUGGUAUCGCAGAAUACCAAGACCAGUUCUUCACUGAUCAUCUAGAUGCGGAUGGAAAAUUGAAGGAACCAGAUAGGAGGGUGCUUAAUAUUGAUAUGGAUGCUGCUUCGGACACAACAAAACUAGCGAUUCACUAUUUGAGGAAGAACAAAGAGGGCGGACAGAUUACGAUGACGGCCAGCCUGGCAGGAUAUCUGGCCAGCGCAGGUGCUCCUCUUUACUCUGCUGCUAAGCAUGGUAUUGUCGGCCUCAUGCGCGCUCUUAAGCAGGAGUGCGCCAAAGUCAACAUCGCCGUAUCUGUAGUUGCACCGGCUAUCACUGUAACCCCCAUCAUUUCCUCCGGCAACCGUGAGACCGGUAAAUCACCGGAACAGUAUGCAAAGGAGAUGGCAAUCCAGGGAGUACCGAUCAAUAAGGUUGAUUCGGUCGCCUUGGCGGUGUGCUGGCUAUUCAACGAGGGAAAGGCAGCGAAUGGAGCGGGUAUCUUUAUUCAGGGUGAUAAAUUCGUGGACUUAGAGAGAGGAUUGGCGAAGACGAGGGAGCAAUGGAUGAGCAAGGAGAUGUUGGAUCUCUUCAGAGGCGGACGAAAGGCACCAUUGUUUGUUAGAUUGGACAGCGAAUUCCCAUCUAAGCCAAGGUUGUGA